AAAUAAAAACCAAACUUGACAUUCUGUCUUUCUACAUCCACUCAUGUAGUCAUGUCUUCUUUCCGUUUGUUCUCCCCCAAAUUCCCCUGUUCAUCCCCAAUCUUCAAAACCCUAACAAGCCCCUCAAUUAUCCCAGUUUACCACAUAACAAAGAAUCAAUCUUUCAUCAAAUUCACCACAAUCCAAUCAAUACCCACAAAACCAUUUGCCCCAAAUUGCACAUCUCAAUCAUUACCUGACCCAAACACACUCCAGCCCAUUCAAGAACUCCCUAAAAAGCUUCAAGAAAUCAUCAAAUUGUUCCAAUCUGUUCAAGACCCAAGAGCCAAAUAUGAACAGUUACUGUUUUAUGGCAAAACCCUUAAACCCCUUGAAACAAAAUUCAAGAUUGACCAGAAUAAAGUCAAAGGGUGUGUUUCUCAAGUUUGGUUGAGGGCUUAUUUUGAUGAUUCUGGUAAGAAAAAUGUAGUCUUUGAAGCUGAUUCUGAUUCUGUACUUACUAAAGGCUUAGCUGCUUUGUUGGUUAAGGGUUUGUCUGGUCAUUCUGUUGAAGAGAUUUUGAAAGUUUCGCCCGAUUUUGUUACGCUUUUGGGGUUGCACCAGAGUUUAACGCCUUCUAGGAAUAACGGGUUUUUGAAUAUGUUGAAGUUGAUGCAGAAAAAGGCGGUUAGUUUGCAUCUAGAAGGAGAGAAUGGGGUCGAUUCAGUUCAAGAGAAUCAAAACCAUGUUGAGGAAGUUGGCUCGGGUUUGGAUAUUGUGAACCCGAUUGAGGAUUCGAGUAAUGGUGAUUUGGGAUCAAGAAAUGGGUCGAUGGAUGUUGGUGUUUUGGGGAGCAGAGGGCAGAGGAUAUUGAAUGUGUUAACGAGAGAGCUUGAGUCGGUUGAAUUGGAAGUUAAAGACGUAUCGUAUCAGCAUGCUGGGCAUGCUGGGGUGAGAGGUAGUGAUGGUGAGACACAUUUUAAUUUGAAAGUGGUUUCAAAGGAAUUCGAAGGGAAAAGUAUGGUUAAGAGGCAUAGACUUAUAUAUUCAUUGUUGGAUGAUGAGUUACAAAGUGGAUUACAUGCUUUGUCCAUUGAGGCCAAGACACCAGCAGAAUUCGAUCACUAGUACAUGAUCUGCAUUGUUGACAUGAGGUUGUAUAUUUGUUUCUUUUUGUUAUUUUGUCUAUUUAUUGUUUUUUGAUAUAUAUUUUUAUCAAACUCCCAUAUUUGUCUCUUUUACCCUAGAUGCUCAUAUACGUAAUAAAAUUUAAUUGUUUAGACUUA